GAAUUUAUGGUAAAUUGGUAAAGGAAAAGUUUUUGGUUGGUGCUUGAAUUUACCUUCUUUGCCUCUGCACUCUGCAAUCAAAUUCAAAGCUUGAUGUCAAAUGUUACUCUGUCACUCACUCCUCUUCACAAAUGGAUGUUCAUGAAGCCAGAAUCUUGUUGGGUUUCCCUCCCAAUUCACGUCCAACUCCUUCCCAGGUAAAAUCAGCUUACAGAAAGAAGGUGUGGGAAUCUCACCCUGAUCGAUUUCCGUCUCAUGAAAAGCCUCUUGCUGAGUCUAAGUUUAAACUGAUUUCAGAGGCUUACACAUGUCUGCAAUCUGGUAGGAGAAAUGUUUCAGGUUCAGUUGAAUAUUCACAUGUUGUGCGAACUGGAUUUCCGAGGGCUCAUGGAGGAAGAAAAAAUCAUGCAAUGAUUAAAGUCCCAUUCCUUUUAAUCAUUCUGGGAACUGUCGCGCUUGGAGGAUUCAAUGCUUCGAGGGCUUACAAAAAGCAAAAGGAGGAAUACCCUUCACAUAAUCCAUUUCUACCUUGAUUUAUCUUCUCGAUCAAUCCAGUAAUAAUCUAUUUGUUGUAAUUUGUGAAGAAUAUAGUAUACUAUAUGUAAUGGUAAAUGAAGUGGAACCAAUAGAAGUUAUGUGAUUUUAUCAUAUAGAUUGUAAACUGAAUUCCAUCUUGAUUUUAAUACAAUCUGAUUCUUUGAAA